AAGACUGUCCUCCACACCCAAUUCUUUCACUGGCUGCUCUCACACUACUCGAUUCACCAAGGUGACUUCCUGCACGAGUCAUGCCUCUCGUUCGGCCCCCACCCCUUCCACCUCGACCGUCCUCAGAAUCAGCAACCCCGCAGACUAAACAAUACCCAGCACUUGGACUAUGCAAACGAUCAAACUUCACACAAGGGCAUAAUGACUGGCUACAAGUCAAAUCACCGAGGGCCAUCCCCAACUUCGACAUUUGCCCGGAUUGCUACAACACAUCCUUCCGCAACACUCGCUAUGCGUCCUUUAUAUCUGCCGGUCCCGCCAAACCAGCUACGAUGUCUUGUCUCUGUGAUUUCUCGUUUCUGUGGGUGAGACUAGCCUACAUGUGGUUGUUCCAACAGGGACAACCUGAUUUGAGCCUACUGGGCGAAGUGUCUAGCAUCCAGAAUGACAGGGAUGGCAUCUGCCCAAACUUCAACAUGGAGGAUCCAGAGGUCAAAAAAGGAGGAAGACCCGCUGUAACGAGGACGUGGUACUGUCUUCAAGACCCAAAGACCGGGUCGCUGGUCGAAGAGAUGACAGCUUGUUCAUCUUGUGUGGCGCACAUAAACGUCAUCUUUCCCUGUCUGAAGCGCAUCUUUGCGCCCGUUGCAAACGGACAAAGGCUUCUCGCUACCUGCGACUUGAUGACGCAGGGCAAUGGCCAACAACGGUGUCUGGAGUAUGCUGAUAAGAUCGCCAGCGUUGCGCAAAGUACUCUCGAAACGAAGACGCGUGACAUUACACCACUGAUCGAUUUCGUCAAGAAAUGGGGUCCAGUCCCGGCCUGCCAGCAGGGGAAGCUAGUUCUAGGCCAAAAGCAGUACAGCUUCCCUUCUACGGUUCCGGAGUUCACCGCCUGCGAGGAAUGCUACCUCAAACAUAUCGAGCCCCUCUAUUCCGAUUCGCCUCAACCAGCGAUCCUUGCGCAGCUUGAGGAACAAGAGGCAAAAAAUGGAGGCUUCUUGUGUGAUCUCUUUUCACCACGUCUCCAGUCGUACUUCACAGACGCCUGUCGUACAAAUGACAUCUCCAACUUCCGACAAAAGCUCAUGGCACGAAACAACAAGAUGCAAGAGAUCGAGAUUCAGCUUGGGCGCAUGAAGCAAGAAAUUCAGCAGCUCAAAGUGCAGGAGAGAAUGCACAGGAAUCAGAUGACAAUUGCUCAGUCGCAAGCUAGAAUGAGCAGUACACAAUGGGCUGUCAGUGGCUGGAGCGCACCGCCGAUUGAUUGGAGUAUAACAAACGCGCAGAUGGCGAAAGCAAAUGAGAAGGCGAUGCAAGCGGCCAUCAUCCAGGAUAGCAUGACGGAUCUAGAAAAUGAGUGGAUCAAAUACUGGAAAUAAGCAGGCGUUCGUAAAUAGAUUGUAUCUUAAGAUAUCGCA